AUGGCACAGCAACGCCAACAGCAGCUUCAACAACAGCUUCUUGAACAACAGAAGCCAACGGAGCAGCAAGCCAUAGCAAAAGAAGCAGUGCAGCAACCUCGGCCUGAACAGAGCAUGUCUCCGCCACCAACGCCAUCAGCGAAGAGAUUGCGAGCAGGGCAAGUUGUGCCACCAGCACCAUCCCCUGGCACUAUGUCCCACGCUUUCAAAGAAAGCUUGCAAGCUAUGGAGCUUGAUUGUCAGCGCAGGAUGUCCAAGCCUGCGCCACAGCAGCAAAUGGAACAGCAUCAAUUUGUGGCACCAACCCCAAAACGCCUCGUGUUCAGGCCGAAGCCAAUGCCUACAUGUCCCCCCUCCCUUGGGCGACCUGCGGCUCCACCUUUGCCACCUUUCUUCAAGGCUUCUGGCGCCACACAGCCCACAGUCUUACCUGCUCUUCCACAGACGCCUUUUCAGCCCGGCUUGGUUCCGCAAGGCAGCGGAAAGUGGCUUGAUCAGCCUGUCUCGCCAGGACUGGUGGUGCGCACGCCUUCUACGCUUGUUGACACGCCUGUCGCUACUGCGCCUUCUCCACCUGAGCCUUCUCCCAUUUUGCAUCUUUGGCCUUUGCAGAAGCAGUGGCAGCAGGAGCACAAUGGCAGCUCAGCAGAAGCACUUCACGAACCAACGGCUUCAACGGAAGAGGAGAAGAACAACCAGAAGGGGAAGGGUCCGGUGGCCCCACUCAACUCAGUGAAUUGCAGAGAGGCCCGAAAUUCACUCCUACACAGUUUUGUCACAAAGUGCUACGACAAGAACGCAGACUACUCCUCCAAUCGAUUGCGGUUGGAAGCAUACGUCAAGCUCAAGCAGGCAAGCAAAGAAUGGAAGAAAAACAUGCAGGGCUGGGAAUGGCUUACGGAGGAAGAGAUGGCGAGCAAGACAAAAAUCAAGGGCGCAGUGGAGCACUGCAAAAAGAAGAAGCUGACCAAAUCGUGCCUCUAUGAGAAGAAGACCAAGUAUCUGGUGUUGGUGUCGGAUACGGUGACGUCUGCGACGGAACGGUUGAGAGAACUCGAAGAGAUUGCUGAAGGGGCUGGGUUGCUGAAUGAGCAGUUCUCCUUGAACCUUGGGAUGGGUGACCUGUUGGAGCUGUCUGAUGAUGAAGGCGAGCUGAAUGGUGGCGAUGAUGAGGAAGAUGACCAGAAGAAACUUCCUAAGAGCAAGAACCCGUUCCCAGACCUAGAGGGGAAGGAGACCGUCCAGGAAUACGUCCAGAAGUACAAGAAAGCCAGCCUGAACCGGAAACAAACCUUUCAGCAGACUCGCUUGAGAUGGUUCCACGAGGUUGUGCAGAAUCGUACCAACCCUGGCAACAAGUCAGUCUACAAGACCGUUUGUGACAAUAUCAAGGCUAAGUGUAUCCAGUUCAACAAUGAGCUGGCUGCGUUAAAGACGCAUUUCAAGCCAGCGAUCUGCCUGCGCAAGCACGAGCUCACCAUUUGGCCCGACAUUUUUGCCGGCCGCCAAACCCAAUGUGUCCUUGGUGCCUUGCUGAUGAUGAAGGUGUUCCCUUCACGGACGCGAGAGGAAAUGCUCGAUGGCGGGAUACAAUUGGGGCCCAACGGCCAUGGAAUGUACCAUCACCGUUGCACGGUGCGCCAGGUGCUGACAAUGAGAGGUUUCUAG